AUGAACAGAUUCCCACGCGACAACAGCUUCGAAGAAUCUACAGAUAAUGAUAAUCUCUUACUUGAAUUAUAUAUGGAAGACAAAAAAGCUUAUAUUAGAGCACUUAAUCAAAAUCUCCCAGUUUUCGAAAUCGAGGGCGAAUAUACAGAUGAAACAGUUAGGAAAUACAUGUCCUGUAUUGACGAGCGCCGUCUUGGAAAAGAAAUCUUGGAUCCUUUCGCUGGUUUCACAUCUGUUGAUAACAUGAACAAACUUAAGUGCGAUAUUUUUGAUAACAGAGAAGGUCAGACAAAGGAGACGUCAGUUAGUCUAUACAGAAACCCAUAUGCUCAUUACAACUGGCUCCAAACACAAGCCAUUGCGAUUGACAAGCUCUGGGAUAAUCGUAGAGCGUAUGUUAGUACUUCUUUCUAA